AUGCGCCAAAUAUUGUUGCUUGCGGUUUUUUGGUCUAUUACAUAUAUUGGAUUAGGUGAGUAUUUUAUUCUGAAAUUUGUCGUUUUGAAAAACUAAUAUAUUUUGUAUUUUUGAUUCCAUCAAGAAAUUGUGCCACUAAAACAAAAAACUACAGUAACCUGCAAAAUAUUUAUUUACUUUUAUUUUUUGUGUAAACUUUUUAGCCUCGAAUAAUCUCUCUUACAAACUUUUGAAUCUAUCGAAUUUCUGAAAAAAAUCAACAAUAAUUUUGUGUCAAGCCUAGUUUCUUUCCGGAAAUUAACAUUUUGCACGUCUUUUCGGCGCGCUAUCGUUUUCUCAUUCUUUUUCUUCUUAUUAUUUUUCUUCUAUAAAUAAACACAACAGUAGCCAUUUUUCUCACUCAUUCCAAGCCAAAAACAAAUAUUUAUAUUAUGUUAGCCCCCACCCGAAUCAGCAAAUUGUUUCAGGUAUCCAUCAAAAUGAAGAAUUUCAAAAAUAUGAUGGAUGGUACAAUAAUCUAGCAAAUAUUAAAUGGGGAUCUGCAGGUAAUUUUUUGACAAAUAUAAUAAUUUCUUAAAGCGAAAUUAACUGUGGUUCAUUUUUAGGAAGUAGAUUACAUCGAGAUGCACCUUCAAAUUAUCAAGAUGGAGUUUAUGCUGUAAAUAAUUCAUUGCCAUCUGCGAGAGCAUUAUCAAAUCUUUUAUUCAAAGGAGAAUCUGGUAUUCCGAAUACAAGAAAUGUGACAACAUUAUUGGCAUUUUUCAGUUAGUAAUUCUUUUUUUAUUUUUGAUUUUCAAAUCCAAUUUUCAGGUCAAGUUGUUGCUUAUGAAAUAAUGAAAUCAAAUGGUGUAUCAUGUCCACUUGAAACUCUUCGAAUUCCAGUUCCAAAAUAUGAUGAAGUUUUUGAUAAAAAAGGCGAAGAUAAUACUGAAAUUCCAUUUAUUCGUGCAAAAUAUGAUAAAUCGACUGGAAAUGGAUUGAAUUCGCCACGUGAACAAAUCAACGAAGUAACAUCUUGGCUUGAUGGAUCAUUUAUUUAUGGAACAUCUGAACCAUGGGUUGCAUCAUUGAGAUCUUUUAAAAAUGGAAGAUUGCUGGAAGGUGUACCUGGAUAUCCACCAUUGAAUAAUCCACAUAUUCCAUUAAAUAAUCCAGCACCGCCACAAAUUCAUCGAUUGAUGAGUCCAGAUAGAUUAUUCAGUUAGUUUCAUUUCUUGCAAUUUUUUGAGUUUUAUAUUGAUAGAGGUUUUUUCUUCGAAAUACUCAAACUUUUGUGUUUUUUUUUGGACAUCGCAUUUUAAUAAUUCUAUUUUAAUUCCAAGUACUUCCAAUUUGAAAAAUUCUAAGAGUUCAGAAAAAUUGAUUUGUAAUACACCCAAUUUUUCAGUGCUUGGCGAUUCGCGUGUGAAUGAAAAUCCAGGAUUAUUAUCAUUCGGUUUGAUUCUUUUCCGUUGGCAUAAUUUCUUGGCUGAUCGAAUCAAUAUCGAUCAUCCAGAUUGGACUGAUGAACAAACAUUCCAAGCUGCUCGUCGAUUUGUAAUUGCAUCUCUUCAAAAAAUAAUUGCCUAUGAUUUUGUGCCAGCUCUUCUUGGUGGAAUUGAACUUGAUCCAUAUACAAAAUAUAUGCCACAUGUUCCACCAGGUAUUUCACAUGCAUUUUCUGCUGCCGCUUUCCGUUUUCCUCAUUCAAUUGUUCCUCCGGCAAUGUUAUUGAGAAAACGUGGAAAGAAAUGCGAAUUUCGAACAGAAGUUGGUGGAUAUCCAGCACUUCGAUUAUGUCAAAAUUGGUGGAAUGCACAAGAUAUUGUUCGAGAAUAUAGUGUUGAUGAAAUUGUACUUGGAAUGGCAUCACAAAUUGCUGAAAGAGAUGAUAAUAUUGUUGUUGAAGAUUUGAGAGAUUAUAUAUUUGGACCAAUGCAUUUUUCUCGUCUUGAUGUUGUUGCUUCUUCAAUUAUGAGAGGAAGAGAUAAUGGUUUACCACCAUAUAAUGUUCUUCGAAGAGUUUUUAGUCUUGAACCAAAAACAUGGCAAACUAUUAAUGUUGAAUUCUAUAAAAAUCAUCGCGAAAAAAUUGAAGCAUUAAAAGAAUUAUAUUCUGGAAAUAUUGAUGCAUUAGAUUCGUAUGUUGGUGGAAUGCUUGAAGGCGGUGAAAAUGGACCCGGUGAACUUUUUAUUGCUAUUAUUAAAGAUCAAUUCCAAAGAAUUCGAGAUGGUGAUAGAUUUUGGUUUGAAAAUCGAUUGAAUGGACUUUUUAAUGAUCAAGAAAUUGAGAAUAUCAGAAAAUGGACAUUGCGAGAUAUUAUUAAAGCGACUACAGAUAUCGAUGAAACUAUGUUACAAAAAGAUGUGAGUUUGAGAAAAUCAAAAAAAUAUUGAUUAGAAAUCAUAAUUUAGGUAUUCUUCUUCAAAGAAGGUGAUCCAUGUCCACAACCAUUCCAAGUUAAUACUACAAAUCUAGAACCGUGUGUUCCAUUUAUGCGAUCAACUUAUUGGACAGAUAAUGAUACAACUUAUGUUUUCACAUUGAUUGGAUUGAUUUGCAUUCCGAUAAGUAAGACAUUUUUAUAACUUUCAAGUUCCAAAAAUUAAUUGUUUUUAAAUUUUCAGUUUGUUUUGGAAUUGGACGGUUUUUGGUGAAUCGACGUGUUAGUAUUGGACAUCAUCAAGCCUGUGAUAGUUUGAAUACUCUUUUCCCAUCUGAAACUUGUUCAAAAGCAGAAGUUUAUGGUGUAAAUGCAUUAGAAUGGAUUCAAGAAGAAUAUAUUCGACAAGUUCGAGUUGAAAUCGAAAAUUCGACAAUGACAUUAUUAAAACCAAGAGGAAGAGGAGUUCUUCGAAAAUUGAGAUUUGAAGAAGGACAAAAAAUUGAGAUAAUUCAUUCAAUUCCACAAUCAAGCAAAGUUCACGGACCAUUUGUUCUUAUUUCUCAAAAAAGAAAUAAUCAUAUUGUAUUCAGAUUACCAUCAGAUUAUGAUUUAUCACAAUUUUUGGAAAAUAUUACUGUAGCUGUAAGAAGUGUGAAUGCACAACUCGAAGCAAGAUCUGAAGAAAAUUAUGUCAUUUUGGAACAUGCAGUUACAAAAGAAAAAAGACAAGAUGAAUUGGAUCAUUUCUUCAGAGAAGCUUAUGCAAGAGCAUUUGAUAAGAAUGAUUUAUCAGAUGGAACAUUUACAAUAAAUGAAGAUGAUGAAAUGUAUAAUGAAACAAUUACAAGAGAAGAAUUAGCAUCUGCAAUGGGAAUGAGAGAAAAUGAUGUAUUUGUGAAAAGAUUAUUUGCAAUGACUGCCAAACAAAAUGAUGAUUCAAUUAGUUUCCAAGAAUUCUUUCAAUCUCUCAAAUCUUUUACAAAAGGAACACAACAUGACAAAUUCCGACAAAUAUUUGAUAUGUGUGAUACAGAAGGAACUGGAAAAGUACUUCGAAAAGAUUUUGCUGAUUUGAUUCGAUCAUUGAAUAAAAAAGCUGGAAUUGCAAUCGAUCAAACGAAAGAAGAUAACUUAAUUAGAUCAGUUAUAUUCAAUGCAGGAGUCAAACAAAAAUCAGAAUAUUUGACUGAAAGAGAUUUCGAAUUAAUUUUUGGAAAAUUCAGUGAUGAUCGACCAGUUGGAUUCCCAGUUAAUAGAAAUCAACCAACUUCUGACAGAGCUUCAUUGAAUUCAUUUGCUGUUGUUGAAAAAUCAACAAUAGAUAUAAGUGCUCCACAAACAUAUUGGAGAAAUUUGACUGCGUUUUUAGAAACUUAUCGACAACAUGUUUUCAUUUUAUUCGUAUUUUAUGCAGCAAAUAUUAUCCUUUUUCUCGAAAGAUUUUGGCGUAAGUUAUAUUUUUGAAAAUUUUGAAUGAUAUAUAAAUGAAUAAAUUUUAGAUUACCGUUACAUGACUGAACAUCGUGAUUUACGUCGUGUGAUGGGUGCUGGAAUUGCAAUAACUCGUGGUGCAGCUGGUUCACUUUCAUUUUGUAUGGCAUUAGUUCUUCUAACUGUUUGCCGUAAUCUCAUCACAAUUCUUCGCGAAACAGUUAUUUCUCAAUUUAUUCCAUUCGAUUCAGCAAUUGGUUUUCACAAAAUAAUUGCAUUGACAGCUGCAUUUUGGGCGACAGUUCAUACUGUUGGACAUUGUGUCAAUUUUUAUCACGUUGGAACACAAAGUCAAGAAGGAUUAACUUGUUUGUUCCAAGAAGCUGUGUUUGGGUAAUUAUUUUAUCAAUUAAAAUAGUUCCAAACAAAAAUAAUAUAUUUGCAGAUCAAACUUCUUACCAUCAAUUAGUUAUUGGUUCUUUAGUACAAUUACCGGUUUAACAGGUUUGGCUCUAGUCUCUGUUAUGUGUAUUAUUUAUGUAUUCGCAUUGCCGUGUUUUAUUCGAAGAGCUUAUCAUGCAUUCCGUUUGACACAUUUAUUGAAUAUCGCAUUUUAUGCGUUGACUAUUUUACACGGUCUUCCAAAAUUACUAGAUGUAAGUCUAUCAUUUUCAAAAAUUAAUGAUAAUUUUUUGAUUUUCAGAGUCCUAAAUUUGGUUAUUAUAUUCUUGGUCCUGUUAUUCUUUUUGUUUUCGAUCGAAUUAUUGGUUUGAUGUCUUAUUACAAAAAACUGGAUAUUGUGAAUGCUGAAAUUCUUCCAUCUGAUAUUAUUUUUAUCGAAUUUAGAAGACCAAGAUCAUUCAUAUAUAAAUCAGGACAAUGGGUUACUGUAUCAUCACCUGCAAUUUCUUGUUCAGGAAAUGAAUCUCACGCAUUUUCAAUUGCUUCUUCACCACAAGAUUCAACUGUCAAAUUAUAUAUCAAAGCAGUUGGACCGUGGACAUGGAAAUUGAGAAGUGAAAUUAUUCGUGCUCAAACUUAUAAUUCACCGUAUCCACUUAUUCAUUUAAAAGGACCUUAUGGAGAUGGAAAUCAGGAAUGGAUGAAUUUCAAAGUAGCUGUUAUGGUUGGUGGUGGAAUUGGUGUUACACCAUAUGCUUCAACAUUAAAUGAUCUUGUUCAAUUAACAUCUCAAGAUUCAUUUAAUCGAGUUCGAUGCGAAAAAGUUUACUUUUUAUGGGUUUGUCCGAGUCACAAAAAUUAUGAAUGGUUCGUUGAUGUUUUGAAAGAAGUUGAGAAACAAGAUCGCAAAGGAAUUAUUGAGACACAUAUUUUUGUCACUCAAGUUUUCAAUAAAUUUGACUUGAGAACUACUAUGCUCGUAAGUCAAAUUUAUUUUUUGAAAAACUCAAUGAAAUUUGAUCAAAAAUUAAUUGCAGUAUAUUUGUGAGCAACAUUUUCGUGGAACAAAUUCUGGUGUUUCAAUGUUUACUGGUCUUCACGCACAAAAUCAUUUUGGUCGACCAGAUUUCAAAUCAAUUUUCCGAUGGAUUGCAAAUCGACAUGAAGAUCAAGAAGAGAUCGGAGUUUUCAGUUGUGGUCCAAAUCAACUUAAUGAGAAAAUAUCUGAAGGUUGUUCAGAAGCAAAUCGAAAUCGUGAAGGACCCUCAUUUUCACAUCGUUUUGAAACUUUUUAAUUUUUCAUUACCCUCGAUGUUUUUCUUUGUGCCAGCUUUAUAUUUUUAUUGUUUCAUCCAAAUGUGAUUUAUAUUAUUAUUAUUUCUAUACAUUUUUAUGGGUAUUUUCUUCUUUUUUUUCUGAAAAAUAAAGCAUUUUUUUAUUUUAUAGUACACUCUUAAUUAAAUUGAGUUUGAGUUGAUUUGGUGUUGUCAAGGAGACCAAAAAAUAUAACAACUAGUUUUUUUCGAGUAAUAUUUUAUUCCAUUUUAUGUUAUUUUUCGCAAAGGCGGCACUUAAUGAGCACAGUUAUUUUAUCAAAUUCAGACGCAACUAAUUUAGAUCUUGUUAUUUCUGAAAAUGCAGUCAAUCUACAGUAUGAUAUGUUAUGUGAAUUUGAUCAUUUACGUUCAAAAUUCGAUGAAUAUGAAGUUGGAAAAGUUCGAAAUCUUGGAUUGAAUUUACAAAAUCGACAAAAUAUAAUUAAACUUCUAGAUGGUGAUGAAAUGGUAAAUAAAAUCGAAUUUUAUGACAAAAUCAUUUUCCCACACAUUCAACCCAUUCUAAGCUUUUUCAUAUACAAAUUUAUAUAUUUCAGGAAGUAAAAAAAUCAACUUUAACCAAUAAAACAAGUGGAAUUUAUCAAUUUUUUCGUUGGUUAAUAUCAGAUAUUCUAAUUGAGGGAGCAUUUAUUGAUUUUCUUCUAACAACUCCUAUUGAAGAACCAGCUCAAUUAUGUCUAGCUGUUCAAAGUAUAAGCAAGAAAAAGGUUGGAUCAAAAAAUCAUUGUUAGAAAUAUUAAAUUAAUUUUCAGGUUUCUGUUCGACUUGUCAGCCGAUUUUUAUCACCAGAUUUAGCUCCUCAUAACAAGUAAGUUUGAAAAUAUAUAGGGAUUCCCUGGCAACCAUAAAAUUCUUAUUUUUCUUCGUUGUUAUUUUUUCUUUUAUUUUUUAUUCCAGAAGGAUUGUCGAAAUUUAUAUUGAUCAUGAUAGAAUGAUUCCGAAUAUGAAUGCAAGAGCAACAUCAGCACAUAAUCGAUAUGAAAGAAUAAGAACUGUUGGAAAAGGUUUGUUAAAUUCAUUAGAGACGAAUAUUGUUUGAAAAUAAAGUUCCAAAGUAGUUUAAACGUUUCAAUCCCGUUUCAAGUUUCCUGAUAUUUUCAAAUGUUUCUUGAAAGACAAAUAUGUUUUUCUGAAUUCUCUUAAAAAUUCUGAAAUAAUUCCAACUAAUUAUUUUUCAGGUGCAUUCGGUUCAGCUGUACUUUAUCGACGCCGUGAAGAUAGUUCUUUAGUUAUAAUCAAAGAAAUCAACAUGUAUGAAUUGGAUAGCUCCCAAAGACGUUUAGCGCUAAACGAGGUAAGUUUUGAUCAAAAUAACAACAAGAGCAAUAAAACAAUUAUGUGUCUCGCUAAGGUUUCUCUGCUUUCUCGAAUCGAGCACCCAAAUAUAAUUGCAUAUUAUGAUUCUUUUGAAGAAGAAGGUGUUUUGAUGAUCGAAAUGGAAUAUGCUGAUGGAGGAACAUUGGCACAAUUAUUGGCUCGAACACAAAAUAUUUUGGAAGAGGAAAAUAUUAAUGAUAUAAUGAUACAAAUGCUUUCAGCUGUCGCUUAUUUACAUGAUAAUAGUGUAUUGCAUCGAGAUUUGAAAACAGCUAAUGUUUUUCUGACAAAAGAUGCUUUUGUAAAGAUUGGAGAUUUUGGAAUAUCAAAAAUAAUGGGAACAGAAACAAUGGCUCAAGGAGCAAAAACAGUUGUUGGAACACCUUAUUAUAUAAGCCCAGAAAUGUGUUCAGGAAUGACAUAUAAUGAAAAAAGUGAUAUGUGGGCAUUGGGUUGUAUUCUUUAUGAAAUGUGUUGUUUGAAAAAAGCAUUUGAAGGAGAUAAUUUGCCAGCUUUGGUUAAUAAUAUUAUGACAUGUUCUUAUACACCAGUAAAAGCACCGUAUUCUACAGAAAUAAAAAUGGUUAUAAGAGAAUUACUUCAAUUAGAUCCAAAUAAUCGACCAAAUGCAGCACAAGCUUUGAAAAUGUUAAGACCAUCUGAUGCUCGCAAUCGACAUACUUCAGGAUCAAUGAGAAGUUCUGUAUCAUGGUCAACUGUUUAUGAAUUACAUACUUCAACAAUUUCAUUGAGUUCGGUUUCAAGACUUCCAUCAAGAAUAAGUAUCAAACAGGUAAAAUCAGAAAAAUGUUUGAAAAAAAGUGAAAGACUUGUUGCAGGUAUCAGUUAGUGAAACACAUGUUAUGGUAUUAACAAAUGAAAAUGAAGUAUUUGGAUGGGGAGAUAAUUCACAUGGACAACUUGGUUUUGAAGAUCGACAUAGAUUGGAUACACCUCGAUUAAUUGAUAAUUUAAAAGAACGAGAUAUUGAAAGUGUUCAUUGUGGUUCAAAAUUCAGUGUAAUUCGAUGUGAUAGAGGAACUAUUUUGACAAUGGGAAAUGGAAAAUAUCUUGGAUUGGGUAGAGAUGCAAUUGAUGCAACAAAACCUGUAUUAGUCGAACAUUUAUUACGAGAAAAUGUUCGAGAAAUAAUAUGUGGUUAUGAACAUGUUAUUGCUGUUUUGGAAAGUGGAGAUUGUUAUGGUUGGGGAAAUAAUCAAUAUGGACAAUUAGGAUUGGGCCCAAGAAAUGAUCAUGUAUUUAAUCCAACAAAAUUGACAAUUAACAAGAAAAUAGCGACUGGAAAAGCUUGUAAGGAUGCAACUAUUUUAAUAACUGAAGAUGGAACACUUUUUGCAAUGGGAAGUAACAAACAUAACAAACUGAACUUAGCCCAAAGACUUGGUUUCUUUGCGAAAGAAAGAAAAGAUAAUGGAGAAUAUGUGAGUAAACCAACAAUGUUACAAGGAUUUCCUGAAAGAGUUAUUGAUUUUUCUCUUGGUAAUUAUCACGCGGGUGUUAUUUUGGAAUCUGGUCAAGUCAUGUUAUUUGGAAGAAAUGAAAAUGCUGAAUUAGGUCAUGGACAUAAUCAAAAAAUGGCUGUAAGAUGUGUGAAACCAGUUAAAUCAUUAUUACAUCAUGCGUGUACGGUAAGGCAUAUUUUUCAUUAUUUCGAGGUACUGAAGAUGUAAACUUCGUUCUUUUUUUAGAAAGUAAUAUGUGGAGAUGGGUUCACACUGGUUACAACAACUGAACAAGAACUUUAUUUUUGGGGUCGAAAAGAUAGCAAAGAUUGUUGUAUGUUUGAAGAAAAUCUUGAAGAAACAAUGACAAAUCGAUUGGUAAAACGAACACAUAGCGAAAGUUUUGAUCCAAAUGUAGUUACACUUCCAUCUUUAAUUCUUCGAUUACAAGACGAAAGAGGAGAAAAAGGAAUACGAUUGAAUGGAAUUUCAGCUGCUGGUAAAAUUGUAUUAGUUUCAGUUGAUUCAUUAGAAGGAAAACGAUUACCAUCAGCAUUAGUAGAAAGAACAAGAAGUGGAAGUAUGCCAUCAUCUUGUGAUGUUACAAGAACAUGGUUAAGAGAAGAAUUUGAUAAUGCAGAAGUAAUUCCGAUUGAUGAAUCAAAAAGAAGAGUUCGUUUUGAUAGUUCCUUUGCAAACAACGCGUAUGUUUUCUUUUUUUUUCUUUUCUUUCCAAUACGGAAUAAUUCACUUUUUCAGCGAUCUCAGUAAACUGACAGAAAGUUCACUUCUACAAGAAAUAGAUACUCUCAAACUGAAAAUCGCUCAACAAGACAAUACAUUUGAAGGACAUCGAAUUCAGAUGUCAGACUUGGAAUCAAAAUUAGAAGAACUGAAAGCAAAGCAAGCGUUUUUGAGAAGUUCUGAACCACCUCCGGAAUAUCAACAAACUGUCAAACCUAAAGUCACAUACAACAAUUUCUUUGCCACAGAUAAACCAACAACAAGUACUGCAUGUUCCAUUUUGUAA